AUGGACAUUGAGUACAAUCCUGCAUGCGAUGCUGACGUACUGAUUGUUGGAGAAGGACAUGAUAACGAUGUGAUCCAUCGGUAUUGCUCACGUGAGAAGCGGUACGGCAACGAAACGGAGGAAGAGAUGCUCAAAGAACGAUUCAAGGUAGUGAAAUCGCGUUCACGUUAUCUCACUCUGACAUGGACCACUGACAGCGAUAAGGAGUACAGAGGAUGGCGCAUCGAUUACGAAUUCAUACCAGAUGGAGCAGAAUGCGGCUUCGCCACGCACGCCAUGACAGGCGUCGUGCAUUCGCCCAAUUGGCCGAAGGAUUACGGUAAUGAUGAAGAAUGCCUAUGGGAUAUUCAGGUACUGUAUCCCUCAAGUCCUCUUCCCCUACUGAGACCGAACUUCUUCAGCUAG